AUGGCCUCGCUGGACCUGCCGUACCGCUGCCCCCGCUGCGGGGAGCACAAGCGCUUCCGGAGCCUGUCGUCACUGCGUGCUCACCUGGAGUACAGCCACACGUACGAGACGCUCUACAUCCUCUCCAAGACCAACAGCAUCUGCGACGGCGCCGCAGCCGCGGCCGCCGCCGCCGCCGCCGCCUCGGGCUUCCCGCUGACGCCCGAGCCCGCCGCCCUGCUGGCCGUGCCCGGCGCCCGGCGCGAGGUCUUCGAGAGUACGUCCUUCCAGGGCAAGGAGCAGGCGGCCGGGCCGUCGCCCGCCGCGCCGCACCUGCUGCACCACCAUCACCACCACGCGCCCCUCGCCCACUUCGCCGGCGACCUGGUGCCCGCCAGCCUGCCGUGCGAGGAGCUGGCCGAGCCGGGCCUCGUGCCCGCCGCCGCCGCCGCCGCCGCCGCGCGCUACGCGCUGCGCGAGAUCGAGAUCCCGCUGGGGGAGCUGUUCGCCCGCAAGUCCGUGGCCUCCUCGGCGUGCUCGACGCCGCCGCCCGGGCCGGGCCCCGGGCCCGCCUCCGCCUCGCCCGCGUCCCCCUCGCCCGCCGAUGUGGCUUACGAGGAGGGCCUGGCGCGCCUCAAGAUCCGCGCGUUGGAGAAGCUGGAGGUGGACCGGCGGCUGGAGCGGCUGAGCGAGGAGGUGGAACAGAAGAUCGCGGGCCAGGUGGGUCGGCUGCAGGCCGAGCUGGAGCGCAAGGCGGCCGAGCUGGAGACGGCGCGGCAGGAGAGCGCGCGGCUGGGGCGCGAGAAGGAGGAGCUGGAGGAGCGGGCGUCCGAGCUCUCGCGCCAGGUGGACGUGAGCGUGGAGCUGCUGGCGUCGCUCAAGCAGGACCUGGUGCACAAGGAACAGGAGCUGAGCCGCAAGCAGCAGGAGGUGGUGCAGAUCGACCAGUUCCUGAAGGAGACGGCGGCGCGGGAGGCCAGCGCCAAGCUGCGGCUGCAGCAGUUCAUCGAGGAGCUGCUGGAGCGCGCGGACCGCGCCGAGCGGCAGCUGCAGGUCAUCAGCAGCAGCUGUGGCAGCACCCCGAGCGCCAGCCUGGGCCGCGGAGGGGGAGGAAGUGGCGCUGGGCCCGGUACCCGAGGCCCCGGCAGAAUGCGAGAACACCACGCGGGCCCGGCCAUGCCUAGCACAUACGCCGUGUCGAGGCAUGGCUCCUCUCCCAGCACAGGGGCCUCCAGCCGUGUCCCCGCUGCAUCCCAGAGCUCAGGCUGCUAUGACAGUGACAGUCUGGAGCUACCCCGGCCAGAAGAGGGGGCCCCCGAGGACAGUGGCCCUGGGGGCUUGGGCACACGGGCCCAGGCUGCCAACGGCGGCUCGGAGCGCACCCAGGCCCCUCGCAGCUCAGGCCUGCGGCGCCAGGCCAUCCAGAACUGGCAGCGCAGACCCCGCCGACACAGCACGGAGGGGGAGGAGGGUGAUGUCUCGGAUGUGGGCUCCCGAACCACGGAGUCAGAGGCUGAGGGCCCCUCAGAUGCCCCCCGUCCUGGGCCUGCUCUGGCUGGGCCACUGAGCAGCUGCCGGCUCUCAGCCCGCCCUGAGGGAGGCAGUGGGCGGGGUCGGCGAGCGGAGAGGGGCAGCCCCUCCCGCUCCAACGAGGUCAUCAGCCCGGAGAUCCUCAAGAUGCGAGCCGCCCUGUUCUGCAUCUUCACCUACCUGGACACGCGCACGCUGCUGCACGCGGCCGAGGUCUGCCGAGACUGGCGCUUCGUGGCUCGCCACCCCGCGGUCUGGACACGGGUGCUGCUCGAGAACGCCCGCGUCUGUUCCAAGUUCCUGGCCAUGCUGGCUCAGUGGUGCACCCAGGCGCACUCGCUGACCCUGCAGAACUUGAAGCCCCGGCAGCGGGGCAAGAAGGAGAGCAAGGAAGAGUACGCGCGGAGCACCCGGGGCUGCCUGGAGGCGGGGCUGGAGUCCCUGUUGAAGGCGGCGGGGGGGAAUCUGCUGAUCCUGCGCAUCUCCCACUGUCCCAACAUCCUCACUGACCGCUCCCUCUGGCUGGCCAGCUGCUACUGCCGCGCCCUGCAGGCCGUCACCUACAGGAGCGCCACAGACCCCGUGGGCCAUGAGGUCAUUUGGGCCCUGGGCGCAGGCUGCAGAGAGAUUGUCUCCCUCCAGGUGGCGCCACUUCACCCUUGCCAGCAGCCCACGCGCUUCAGUAACCGCUGCCUGCAGAUGAUUGGUCGCUGUUGGCCGCACCUUCGGGCCCUGGGGGUUGGGGGUGCUGGCUGUGGGGUGCAGGGCCUGGCGUCACUUGCAAGAAACUGCAUGCGGCUGCAGGUCCUGGAGCUGGACCAUGUGUCGGAGAUCACCCAGGAGGUGGCAGCUGAGGUCUGCCGGGAAGGCCUGAAGGGACUGGAGAUGCUGGUGCUCACGGCCACCCCCGUCACCCCCAAGGCCCUGCUGCAUUUCAACAGCAUUUGCCGGAACCUCAAGUCCAUUGUGGUCCAGAUUGGGAUUGCUGAUUAUUUCAAAGAGCCCAGCAGUCCCGAGGCCCAGAAGCUGUUUGAGGACAUGGUGACAAAACUCCAGGCCCUACGACGGAGGCCCGGCUUCUCUAAGAUCCUGCACAUCAAGGUGGAUGGCGGCUGCUAA